CGACUCCACCGCACCAUGGCUGGAAGGAGGAAUCCUUAAGCCACAGCAGUAGCGAAACCCAGGCAUCAGUUACCAGUGGGAUCUCCCUAGGAGAAGCAAUACGUCAGAAAACUGCUGUUAAUUGGGGAAUCGAGUCAUGGUAUCAACUUCCAGCAGAAGUGGAUGCCAGCCAUUUAACUGCUGCCUCGGAGACAAAGCUUGGCCUGACUUGUGAUAAGAAUGACCUGACGGAGUUCCCUACGCUGGAGGAAGGAGCGUUGCCUUCAGCAGAAGCGUCUAGAAGGCACUCUCCUGGAGGUACAGCACAUGGCCUACUGCUGGAUAUUCAGGACAGUCAAUUCUCUCCCUGUCUUCCACUGCUGGUGUAUGCAACACAAGGCCAAAGCUUUUCAGAUGAGACGCUUCUCCAGCGAUCAGAAAUGGAUUUUAUUCCCUUAAGAGGAGUCCCUGAUGUUUCUGGUGCCCCUGAGGAGCAUGUGAAGCCUUCGCACAUACGUGAAGCCGUGUCACUGGCAGGCGCAGAAUCUCCCUCUGAUGCACCCAGUGACUGCUUCACUUUGUCCCAGCACCCUCUUCCAUUCGGACACGUGGAACCCUGUGACGCCAGUUGUAGUGGUUGGUUGUCUCAGCAAACCUCUCUUUCUGGACAACUGCUUGUGAACAAGGAGGCAAAUGAAGGCUGUAAAAAUGAUACUAAUGAGAAGGCAUUGAGUCCCCAAAGAAGUGACAAUUUAGCAAACUCUGCUUCAAAGGUGAUGCUGACCAAGGCAAAUAGACCGAACCAAAUGGAAGCUUCUCUUGCAAAGCAGACCUGUAGUACGUCUGUAAAAGAUGAAUGCUUCUCCCGUGGCAGCAAUGUACCAGCUACAGUUUUUGAGCUUUCAGAGAAAGAAAAAGGGUUACUGAGGCAUGAUGAGUUCUCAUCUUCAGAAAACUCCUCUUGUAAAACAGCACUGACUAAGAAUUCGGAAAGAAGGGAGAGAGAGGUGCAAAAGGAAAAGGUAAAAAUGGCUGAGACUGAGUCAGAAGAGUGCAUGAGGCAGCUGGAGAAGCUGGAAAAAGAAAAGAAGGUUCCUGAGCUUGAUUUGUCUAAUAAUUUAUCUGAUGAUUUGAGGAAAGACAAUUGUAAAAAUUCAGAUGCACAAGAUGUUUUUUCUUUAAAGACUUCUGAAACAGAUGAAGGAAUGUUGAAGGAACACAGAGUGGAUUUAAAUGGCUCUGCAAGCUUGAAGUUCGUGACUGUUGCUGAGGAGCUCCAGGGAGCUUUCCCAGAUCAGCAGCAGCAGCUAUGUCCUGCAGUGGGAUUUGAGAAAGAGGAGUUUAUCCCUACUGUGACAAGCACCAGUGAUUGUGCACCUAAACGAGCAGUUGUGACUGACAUGGAAGCUCCUUCACGCAACGAGGAUGCCCCAGUGGAAGUAGAACCUGGAGUAAGCAGGAGUGAAUUAACUAUUGCAGAUUUUUCCAUAGAAAGGGGACAUAAAGUUACAGGCAUUUCCCCUUCCUUUAAUCUUGUAGGUGAUGGCUCAUUCUCUGUACACUUUGCUCAUCCAAGCUAUCAGUCUACUCCAGGGGUAUUUCUAAAGAAAAAUGUUAAGGCAGAAGGACUUGGUGUUCUUGUGAUCAAAUCAGGUAUUCGGACCUCACCUUCAUGCUUAAAUGAAGAAGCUUCUGAGAACUCAUCUACCAGUAUGCCUGUAUCUGUUGAGAAGCAGCAUUCACUCCAAUGUGCUCAGAAAGAAAACAAUGAACAUUUCGAGUCCUUAAAAUUGAAAUAUCCCCACAGUGGAAGAAUUCAGUCUCUCCCAUCGCUUAGUUUCAUGGAGAAGGUAGGGUCUUGGAAUGUGAGCCAGCCAGAGGAGGUCCCUGAUGCAGUGACUUCAUGUGACCCAGGUGGAGUUUCUCCUAGAAGAAAAGCCUACAGUGCAGUUGCCAGCUCUUCAAACAAUAUUUUAUCCAUACAAAAAAGUGGUAGAGACCCCAAAGAUUAUGUUGCUGCUUCCUCUAGAGAGACAGGUUCCCUGGGAAGUUUGCAUGUUCGUAAUAAAAACUUACUGCUCAUCCAUCCUCUUACUAGAUCUCAGUCUGACAACGCGGUAAAUGUUUCUAGUAGGAACACGUCCUUGGUUGAUGUUAUUCUGCCAGCAAAUUCAAUGGAGGCAGUGCAGCCUCUAGAAGAAAAAAGUAAUGUUUUAGGAGUGUCUGAAAAUAGUUUAAGAGGCUCCAUGAUACAAAAGUUGACAGCUGAGAUUGUUUCUGGAUCUAGUGGUGAAGAUGAAGGAAGUAAUAGUACAGGACAAAGCUCACACCCAAAUGUUUUUGUUUCUGGUGAAGGAGUUGCUCGGCUCCUUAGAGAGGAUGGAAACUCUCCAACUGAUGACCAGAAGAACUGCGAUGCUCUUGAAAAUCAUGGACAAUCUCACACCCUAGAUAUUCCGGCUGGCCAUGUCAUCAUGGACCAUUUCAGUGAUAUUUCCCCAGAUAGUUUGAGUCUUCCUGUUAGUUCUGGGGGAAGUAGCCAGGGUGGCUUAGGCUUUGCAGGGCACUCUUCAGUGGUUUCCAGGGACUUCUUCAGCAGUGCUGAAGAUGAUAACUUCAUCCCCGUUGGAGCAACUCCUUUGGAAACUCCAGUGAAAGAAGAGCUUAAUAUUGAAGAAAGAAUCCCAAUAUAUCUUCGCAACCUUGGCAUUGAUCAGUCACCUGGAACUAUACUGACACCAUUUGUACCCCGAGGACCCAUCAGGGAAGUUGAAUUUUCCCCUUCAGAGCUUCGAACGCUGAAGGACUCCACUGACACGCUGACGAGGGUUGCUCUGCAGCCACAAGGUAACUUGCUGUCAGCCGUUGAAAUUACGCAAAUGAGUUUUAACUCCAGCACUUCCACUCUCAGUAUGUCUAUACCAAUGAAUUCAGAAGUUGGCUCUGAUAUUGUGUCACCCCGUGAACUCUCUCCCCGCUUCUCAAGAUCUUUUGGAGACAAACCAGUGAGUCAGUGCAGUAUGUCGUGCCACCAACUGGAGAUGACUGCUCUGCUUUCUGCACAACGGGAGGCAGAGUGUUCAGCUGUCUCCGAACUAGCUGAACCAAACCAGCAGCUGCAGGCUGUUUCACCUGACUGCCAUUCUGACAGAGAGGGUCCCAUGCUUGUUGCAAAAAGUGUUCAGGAUUUGUUAGCUAAAAAUGAGUCAAAAGAUGUGAAUAGCAGCCUGCAGAGAUGGACUGCCAGUUCUUUGGCUGCAGUUAAAAAUGAAAUGGAGGUUGACAGAGGAUUACAAACUUCAAGCGUAGGUAGUAAGAGAAAUAAGGGUCAAGAAAGUGAUUCUUUGGUUGGAUCUGGUGCAUUGCAAGAAGUAUGUAAGCUUUUGGCAGAGGCAGAGGAUAUAGCUGGUAGGUGGCGUGAUCCUCUCUUUUCUACUGCCUCUUCUAGAGAAACUGGUGAGUCUUCCCCAAUGCUGAUUAGAAAGGAGGAUGGCCCCAAAGAUUCCAGGUUAGUGAAAGACAGCAUCCCUCAGUUUCAGAAGCAACUGUCAUGGGAUGAGACUCUGUUCCCAAGAAGUACGCAAAAAGAGGGGUCGGUAAUAAAGCCUCUGAAUCAUAACACAAGCAAUUCGAGAUGGGAAAAUUCUUUUGAUGUCAGUUUGCACAGUAGUGAAGAGCUGAUGAAGGAAAUGACCAAAGAGUUUAGGAUGGGAAAAUCUGUAGGAAGGGCUGAGCCAGAAGGCUGUAGUAGUGUAACGACAGACAGAAAUCCACCUGGUUUUGUGGGUCACGCACAAAGCAAUGGAAGUAGUGAAGUCAGCACUGGAAGUAGCUCAGAGUUGGGGAAUCCUUCCUCAGAGCUUCUAGGCAGCGUCACCGAUGUUGCAGGAGGCUUCCAGAUGAUGUUGUCUAAAGCUAGUACAGCUGGAAGCAAAGCAGGAGGCACACAAGAGAGUGACGGCAGUAGCAGUGGAGAUUCGCUAGCUGCCCGGGUCAAAAACCUUCUGGGCAAUCCUUCUUCCUCAGAGCCUGUAGGCAAUGUCACCAAUGUCGCAGGAGGCUUCCAGAGGAGGUUGUCUAAAGCUAGUGCAGCCAGGAGCAAGGCAGGAGGCACGCGAGAGAGCGACGACAGCAGCAGUGGGGAUUCACUAGCUGCCCGGGUCAAAAACCUUCUGAGAAAUGGAUCACCUGUGAUACACGCAACACAAAUUCUGAAGAGUGCAGAUGAAGAGGAGAGGAAAGCACGAGCAUGGGUGAAACUAAAACUGGCCAGCCAAUCUCAGGAAUCUCUGAGGACCAAUGAAGAGGACCAACAAAGAAUAGAGGAAAUAAAGGCAGAGCUGCUUCGGAGCGCCAAGAAGUCUAUACUAGCCAAGUGGAAUGGGGCUUGAGGUACAGGAG